AAAAGCCGCAGCUCGGCCAUCUUGUUCUAGACUGUAAGCAAGCAGGCUCGGGUUCCGUCAGACCGCUCUCCUAGCUGGUGUUCGGCUCCUCGCGCCUGUGUGCUUCCCGCAUCGAGAGAGAAAGAUUAGUUCUCGCUGCUCCGCCCGCCCAGACCCAUCAGCGUACGCUCUGCCUUCUCCGCUCCGGCCGCAGCCAGCCUUUUCCUCUGCACUCCGUGCUCGUAAUAAUAUCGCAUGUCCUCUAUCCAGAACCUCAACUCUUUCGACCCCUUUGCUGAUGCAACUAAGGGUGACGACUUACUCCCGGCAGGGACCGAGGAUUACAUCCAUAUAAGAAUUCAACAACGAAACGGCAGAAAGACUCUGACUACAGUACAGGGCAUUGCAGAUGAUUACGACAAAAAAAAACUUGUAAAAGCCUUUAAGAAGAAAUUUGCCUGUAAUGGUACUGUGAUUGAACAUCCAGAAUACGGUGAAGUCAUUCAACUGCAGGGUGACCAGAGGAAAAACAUCUGUCAAUUUCUUAUGGAGAUUGGCAUUGUUAAGGAGGAACAGCUGAAGGUUCAUGGAUUCUGAGAUGUGAAUUGUUUAAUUGUGUCCUGCCAAGACUGGCUUUUGUUAAAAAUAGAUAUUUGCAGUAAAAGGACUUUCAACAUG